AUGGCCGACUAUUCGCCGGUCGCUACGACCUUUGUCCUCCUCGGUGUCACGUGCUGCUGCCUCGGAUACCGCCUCGCCUACAUGAUUGCGCUCUUCGUUGGUCUCCUCGGUAGCCUCUUUACGUUCUACGUCUCGCCGCUCGCGGCGAUCGCACCCGUUGCGAUCGUCACCCUAGUCUUUUACGCCGGCCACCGCCACGGCGGUCUCGACGAGGCCAUGCGCUGGACCACGCUGACCUUUGUCGCGCUAGCGAUGACGACCGUCGGUGCCAUUAGUACCUACGCGAUGCGUCCGAUUGUCGACGUCGCCUUUGGAAUCGUGGCCGGUGUCUGGGCAGCAGUCGUCGCACUUCUCUUCCUCCGAUGCAGCGAGCGCACGGCGCUCAUCGUGGCAACCUCAACGCUCGGCGCAGCUCUCAUCAUGCACGGCAGCACGUUUGCGGUGCAAGAUGGCGCGUUUGAUUUUCUCCAUCUCAUUGGCAUGUGCACGAUCGAGUCCCCGGCGUGGCGUCGCCCGAGCCUUGCCGCCACGUCGGUGGCGACACCGACACCCCGCGACGACGACGACAAUGCGCUGGCCACGCCGCCACCGAGCGAGGACCACAUUUCAAUUGCGAUCAUCACACCCUCCACCGGCAUCCACGAACAAGACAAGUGA